AUGCGGUUACCCAUCCUUCCUCUUCUUCUCACUCUAUUCCCAAUCUUUGGUUGGACCCGAAAAAUUCCGGAUAUCAACUGGAUUUCGUCGAAUCCAAUAUUCGACGUCUCCAACACUGAUCACGUCAUAUCUGUACAUAUCGGAGACCGGGUGUCCAUCAAAUGUCCAAAAUCGGAGCCUAAUGGAAAAUAUGAGUACUCAUACAUCUAUAUGGUAUCUGACGAAGAGUAUGAUCACUGUUUCCUAUCCAAACCAAGGCUAGUAGGAGCUUGUGAUAAUCAGACUGUUGAUGCAUCCAUCAACAUUGUGUUCCGAUCAUUCACACCCACACCAGGAGGAUUUGAAUUCCAACCCGGGAAGAAUUACUUCCUGAUCAGUACGUCAGAUGGAACUCAAGAAGGAAUCGAUAGGAAAAAAGAUGGGCUGUGUACAACGAAGCAGAUGAAAAUCAAGUUUGAAGUGGAGAAAGAUCGACGGGGUAUUCAGAAUCCAAAGUUCGCGGCAAGGACGUUGAAAAAGGAUCGGGAUGCUGAGCAAUCGACGCCAGUCAUGUAUGUAGUACACGAUGGGAAUGACAUUGAUGAUGACGACGACGGUUCCAACGCCUGCUCCUAUCUCGUCUCAAUCGUCUUCCUUCUUGCUUCCCGUUACUUCUUGUAG